UAAGUGUCAUAAGCAACGACGCGGUCGUUUUAAGCCCUCAAAAUUAGCAUCAGCACACUGAAUCCUUCCUUCUCUACCCACCACAUCCUUUUCCCCUUUUUAUUUUCUCUAUAAAACCUAACCUCAACAACGAUUUACACCUUCUUUCCCAUAUACCAUUCGAUACACUAAUUUCUCUUCUCCCACUCAAAAAAAUCUUUCUUUCUCACACUGAAGACUCAAACUCUUCAUUCUUCAAUUCAGUCUUCUUUUCCCUCUCAAAAACCUCCGUCUCCGAGUCUCAGAUCUGCUUCAGAUCUAGGGUUUCUAGUCUGUUCUCACAGAUCCAAUUCGGGUUUCAAUUGAGGGAUGAUAGCUUAGGGCUUUCGCACAAAACCCCCCCAAUGUUCUCCGAAGUUCUUUGACUGGUUCUACGUCUUCUCAGAUCUACCUUUCAAAUCCCCAAUCUCUCCCUAAAUCCUAAUCCCCCCUAAAUCCCUCCUUGCAUUUAGAUCUGCAAAGUAAAAACCGUAUUCCUGUGUGUUUUCUCUUUUACUAUUUUGUUGUUGUUUGAAGACUCUGCCGGCGAGUUGCCACGAGGAAAUAAUGGCUCCGAUCCAGCGCGCGUUGAGUUCGGGAUCGGAAGGUAGCGGAGAUCCACCGAUAGUGUUGGACGAAAGGAAGAGGAAGAGGAUGCUCUCGAAUCGUGAAUCUGCACGCCGUUCGAGGAUGAGGAAGCAAAAGCAGCUGGAGGACCUCACCGAAGAGGUGACGAAGCUGCAGUCGGCGAAUAAGAACCUGGCGGAGGCCAUCAAGGCGAAGGAGGAAGCCAUGACGGAGACUGAGGCAGCCAACGGCGUCCUUAGGGCUCAGAUGACGGAGCUUACCGACCGUCUCCGGUUCCUCAACUCGAUCCUUGAGAUUGCCGAGGAUGUCAGUGGACUUUCCGUCGAUAUACCUGAGAUUCCGGAUCCGCUUCUGAAGCCAUGGCAGAUCCCUCACCCAAUUCAACCAAUCAUGGCUUCCGCGGACAUGUUCCUGCAUUGAUCUGAGGAUUCUUCCUUUUGUUACUCUAUCUGUAUGUUGUGUUCUUUCUGUCGGCGUAGAGUCCCUCUUGGUCUCUGGUGGAAAUUUCUAGAAUUAGGUCAUUGUUGUUGCGAAUGUAGUUUAGAGGUCCUUUUUUUUUUUGUUUUCAUUGGUACCAUUUGUGUCUAAAUAAUGGAGGGACCUUGUCUUAAUUAUUAUGAUUGCAUUAUCCCAAUUGGUGUUUUAUUGAGCGUCUUAAUGUGUCCAGUGUUAGUGUUUCUGGUUUCAUUGUAGAAGGGAACUAUAUUAUGCAUUAACGGAAUAUUGUGUGCACUGUGCUUAUCUCUUUA